GGCUAAUAUUACCACAAAGUGGGGACAGAUCCUAUUUCCUAGCAACCUCCCCCCCUUUUUUUCAGAUCUUGACAUUUCACAACUUACAUUAAUUUCAACCAUGAUUUCAACCAUAUACGAUUACGGAACAGCAGCAGCGCAAAAGGCUGCAAUUGCUGUUUUACGUCGUGGUCGGAUUCCACAACAUAUUGGACUCAUCUUGGAUGGCAACCGACGUUACGCAAAAAAAGCGGGUGCUUCCGACACAAAAUCAGGUCACUAUGAAGGAUGCGAGCGUUUGAAAAAGGUCGUGCGCUUUUGUAUGGAACUAGGUAUCCAUUCGAUCACUGUGUUUGGGUUUAGUAUCGAAAACUUCAAACGAUCGGAAGAGGAAGUGGCCUAUUUAAUGCAAUUGUUCCGUGAGAUCUUUGCAACUAUUCCCGAAGAUGAGUGCUUUGCGUAUUACAAAGUUGGCAUGCGAGUAUGCGGUCGCCUUAGUUGUUUGCCACCGGAUGUGGUAGAGUUAGCACAUGAGGUCAUGGACCGGACAAAACACAAUACAGAGCGAUACGUUAAUGUCUGCUGCGCAUACACCUCGAGAGAUGAAAUGGCCACGGCCAUCAAGGAGAAUGUUCACCUUGUAGAAGAAGGCGAAAUGGACAUAGACGAUAUUACGGAGAGAUCCAUCCAAAACCAUCUGUUUACCUCAAGAAGUCCGCCACUAGACAUCCUUGUGCGCACGUCUGGCGAAAUUAGACUCAGUGAUUUUUUGCUUUGGCAGGCGAGCGAUCAUUGUCAAAUACAGAUUUUAAACUGCUUGUGGCCAGAAAUUACAUUUUGGAAGAUCCUACCCAUACUACUGGAAUACCAAAUAUACCAUGACACAUCACGCAAUUACAACAACAACAACAAAAGCGUUGUUAGUGGCAGCAUUACUACUACAAGCACAGCUGCUGCUGCAGCUGCUGCCGAUGAUGAUGAAGGCAGUCGGUCAUCGAAAUAAAAUGACUAAAUAAGGGUACAAUCGAUGAGGGGCGGGAUGGCAGUGCCCCUUUGGGGUUAUUUUUACCAGAAAAGUAUUUUUAAAACACAAAAACCUUUUUCCUUGUGUACCCACCAACACCACUUUUUUUUU